AAUGGGCUUCAGUUGUAGAAAUGGCAGCGCUGAGACAGGAGCAUCGGUAUGGGCUCUGCUGUGGCAAGAUUAACAAAAACAACCCGAAUCAGAGUCUGUACCACGUCAAACUCACUGACACGGCCUUCCGGACCCUGGAAGCCUUCCAGAACCUGAAGGCUUCACUAUCAAACCAGCCAGCGAUUUGCUUCAAGGGAAGCCAGGGGUACAUAAAGAUCCCAGCACCGACGGCCGAAUCUCCAGAUGGAUUCCGAGUCUUCUCAUUUUACCUUUCCAGUGACAGCAAAGACAAGCCUCAGUCCAGCUUUGACUGCAUUCACCAGUUUAUCUCAGGGGAGGGCAGGGAUCACCUGGAGAGCCAGGGUAGCAUUCAAGACAAGAUCACCGUUUGUGCCACAGACGACUCCUACCAGACCACACGGGAGCGCAUGUCUCAGGUGGAGAAGGACAUCUGGAGCCGCACAGCCAUUGAGAUCAAGCCAGGACCAAGUAAGUGUGUGAAGGUGCAAAGGAAGCAGGGCCUGGUCUCUGGUUCCGACAGCAGUAACAAACACUCCCCCAGCAACAAAAGGACCCUGAUCCCAAGCCCUCUGGCACAUCGGCCCUUAAGGGAUCGCAUCAUUCAUCUCUUAGCCCUAAAGCCCUACAGGAAGCCUGACAUGCUACUGUGGCUAGAGAGGGAGAGGGCCAGCCCAAAGGACAAAGCUGAUCUGACCUCUGUACUAGAAGAGGUUGGUAAAUUGAAUCCUAAGGACAACAGCUACUCUCUGAAAGAUGAGCUUUACAAACAUGUCCAAAGAGACUGGCCUGGAUAUCUGGAAGAGGAGAAGCAGCUUAUCCACAGGCUCCUUAUCAGGAAACUUCAGCCAUUGCACACCAACCAAUCAAGGAGUCCCCAGCCCAACCAUUCAUUGCACAAAACUCUUGGAGAUUCUCCCUCACGGCUUAGCCCUGCCAAAAAUCUUUCUGUGAAACGCUCACUAGCUUUGGACCCUUCUAACACCCAAACCCCCAAAAAACAAAAGCUGUCAGAACACUGUCUGCCCCUGCAGUCACCUCCUCAUGCGGACUGUAGCACCAAUGGGGCUCAUAACUCCUCCAAUCACGAAACCUCUUGUGUGGCAACAAAAACCGAGCCCGACAUAACCAAUAAUCGUCUUCAGGGAAACCCAGAUGGUUUGUAUUCGCCGCACAAACUCAGCACGUCGUCUACUGUUUCUAAACUGGAGGGGAUGGAACCAGCUCCCACUUUACCCAGUCCCAAACCUCGACACAAUGGCUCCUCUAUAUGCACUGAACAGCAGCUCACUAAUGGCCAGCACAAAAAGAAAAGGUCCAAGAAACACAAAGACAAGGAGCGAGAUCGAUUAAAGCCAGACUGGAUAGAAACUAGUCCAGACAUGAAGCAGAACCAACAAAAUCAUAAAGCUCCAGAUGAUGGGGAACACAAAGCACCUGUUAAUAAAACCUCAGCUGAAGAAGUGCCCGACUAUUUCAUAAAAUACAAGACCGUAAGGACACUGGAGCAGCGGAAACAGUAUCAAGAUGACUUUUGUGCUGAGUAUGACGAAUAUAGAGCCCUUCAUGACCGGAUUGGGGCCAUCACUGAGAUGUUUGUUCAGUUGGGCUCAAAGAUCAACACCCUCACGCCGGGAACACAGGAGUACAAGCUAAUGGAGGACCAAAUACUCCAAAAAUAUCGAAAAUAUAAGAAAAAGUUUCCAGGGUAUCGGGAAGAGAAGAAGCGGUGCGAGUACCUCCACAAAAAACUGUCCCAUAUCAAAGGCCUGAUCACAGAAUAUGACCGUGCGCAGGGACUCGUCUCCUAGUGAAAGCUCUCUACCCUUGGUGGGUUCUAUCAAAGUGGACCAAAAGACUCAAGGUGGACCCAAAGACUGUCCAGCAGGGUCUACAAGUUGCUGAAACACUUUCCUCUACAAAGUGUUAAUGGGAUGGAGGGUGUUUAAGGUUCUCUGCCAAAAGUGGGCCAAGACCACCUACUCGUGAUCAAAUGUUACCCUUUAAAGCUCUGCUUUUUCAGCUGUUUAUGACUGGAAAUGCUUGUUUCUGCUCUGCUGUUAAACAUGAUGAAUAUAAUGAAAAAGGCCAACAGAUAUGAUCCUUCCUGCCUAACUACAUCUUUUUUUUUUUUAUCUUAUCUUUAAACUGGUUGAAACUUAAAGUAUUGUAUGUAGUGAAGUGAUGGUACAAUCAAUCUUAGGGUAUAAAAAUUCCACUGAAGUGUAUAUUUAAGAAUAUUUUUUGUGCGUUUUGCAGAUAGAAAAUAUAUUUAGGUGCAUCAAUUAUUCAUUUCUUACAAGAAGAAAGUUGUAAAUGCACUGUAAGGAUUUUUAAACUUUAUAAACUGGCAGACUAAUCAUUUAUAGAAAUUAUCCUGAUUAAAAUAUGUCAUUUAUCCCAAAAAACUGCAGAACUGAAACCUGAUCUGGUAUUGAUCACUAAAUUGCAUUUCCAAUUGCUGCUGAGUUAAGAGUUGGAAACUUGCAUCUUUGAACUACAAUCAAAAAGAUUUGCCCAUUUGUGUUAUGUCUUCGUCACAGAAAUGCCACAAAAUGACAGUACUGAGUACUACUUAGGGGGGCUACUGAAAAAAAGACCCUUUUUUCACUUUAAUCAGACUGUUACCAUUAAAUCCACCAGAGGUCGGUAUCAACCCAAGUAAUCCACACAUACAAGGAAUGAGGAUGGAAGUCGAUACUUUAAAAUGUGUUUGAUAAAGCAGAUCAGGAGAUGCUUACUAAACUGUUUUUUUUUUUUGUUUUUUUUUUUAUAUCUAACCAUUUUGUUGGUUAGUUACUGUACGGAGAUCCCUGUUUUUCAGCAGAAAAGGUCCUCAAAUUUUUAUUUAUCUGAGAAACUCACCUGGACUCUUUCCAUAAAUUUUCAUUUGGAUUAAAUUUGGUCGACAGACGGGGCCAAUCAAACAGCUUUAUUCUCUUUUUAUUCCGUUGACCAGUAAGUCCAGAAAGAAUUCAUAGCAAGAACAACUUAUUUUCUGUUUUUAUGGAGGAACGCUACCUGCUAAUUCCAGUUUUUUUCUAACCCUUUCUGAAAUGUGCCUGUAACGAGUGCCACUUCUACAGCUCUUUAAAGACAUCUUUGACAAGGAGAAACCUUUCUGUAGACCUUUGGCUAGGAUCAAACUAUGAAGGACAUCAUUUUCCUUUGAUAAAUGGUACCACUUCUCUCAACUUUCACUGUUCUCCUGCACUUGAUAAUCUUUGUGUCGUCCCUACUACAUAACUUAAUUCUGGGUCUAAAAAUCUUUCAUUUGAUUUGUAUGGGUCACUUGGGUAGCUACUGACAUGGUGCAGUUCAUGUGGUCUGUGAUGAAAAUCUGAUUUACAGAAUAUUUACUAAAAAACAACUUUGUAAUGUUUAGUACUUAUUUCCCUAACUGUAUAAUUACUGGAUUUCACAUAGUUUGUUUCACACAAAUGUAGCCUACAGUACCAUUAACUGCCUUGUUUUUAUGAAAAGAUUACCAGUGUACACAAUUCUUGGUUAUUUGGACAACAGGUUUACUUCUAUGGGGGGGGAAAAAAUGCUGUUCACACUGUAGGUGAUCAUUUCAUUGUAUUACUGUUAAGGGCCUGACUAGGUUUAAUGUGAGGCUUGGAUAAGCAGAAUACAAACUUGUUUUAGCAUUAUAUUAGGUGUUAUUAAGACAAAGGUGGCUAAUGUGUGUCACUUAGGGAACCACAAGAGGUUGGUUUGGUCGAUUUCUCUCUUAAUCCACAUUUUUUGGCUUCGGCUGGAUCUAAAGACCAAUGAGAACACAAAAAGGUGCACAUGAAGAUUUUAGAUGCUCGGAUGCCAAAACUUGUAUCUUAGAAGAUUUAAGUUUUAUAGGCAGUUGCAUCUCAGUAGCAGUACUCACACCUGUUGUCUUAAAAGUGUCUCAUAUUAGACAGAGUUAUCAUUUACCUUGACAUGCACUGCUUCGUAUAUAUCAGACAUUUCCAACCCUCCUGGUUUGUCCUGCUUAGUUCUGCUCUCAGAUCAUUUCUAUAAAUGGCUGUUAGUCCAAAUGUAGUUUUAAGUAACUGGUAGGUGGUUUAGAGUUUGUCAAUUGGUUUUUGUUUUGUUUGUUUUUUUGCUGUUGGUUUGUGCCAUUUACUUGUGUCUUAAUUUUUUCAUCAUUUGUUGUCUUAGUGUCUGUGUGAUAAUCAUAAACUGGGAAAAGAAAUAGUCUUACCUGCCAUGUCUUUUAGAGACAGCCAUGAUAAAAGGAAGAAUACCUGCAGGGUUUUAAAUAAGACAUUUUUAUUUCUUUUGACCAUUUCUUAGUGUAGGAAAUCUAUUGCCAAACAUUUAAGCAAUGUUUUUGCAUUCUAAUUAACCAUUUUAUAUGUGGUACUGUAUGUAUGAAGGAUUUGGGUGACAACACAUUAGUGGCACCGGCUAUUUGAGGAAAAAGAACUGAUCCGACACAAUUCAAAGUAGUUUUUAAUAAAACUCAAAACAAAAAUACACAAUUUUAAUACAUACCCAAAAUAAUGUAUGGGAAUUUAUCCAGUGUUACUGUUUUCAAUACAAAAAAAACAACAACUUUUAAACCAUAAUUUGCUGAAAGCAAUAUAUUUUAAACCAUUUCCCCCAAACAGUUUACAAAGAUGUAUCAAUAACAUAAGUGGUUGGACCAAUUGUGAAAAAACGCCUAUGUUUCUUUUUUGUUUACCUUUCGCAGGAGCAAACUAACUACUGGAGGUGCCUUUUUUCACACAGGAAGCAGACAGAUUCAUUAUUCAUGUAUUAAUUUAGUGGGGAAAGAAAAACCUGCCAGCAGGAAUUACAAAUCUGUAGUGUGACACUGUUGCCACUUUUUAAAAGUGCUUUGUCUAUCCCAUUUUUAAAUCUCUAAAGAUGCCUUAAAUGCACAAACUUUUGCAACAGGUAUCUUGAAAGUUUUCCAGUGAUACAGAUUUGGCCUUAUGAGUUGAAGGCUUAUUGGGACACUAACUUAUACAGGUAUCUGCUUCCAUUUUCAUUUGAAGCAAGUCUAAAUUUAUGUUUUAUUGCAUCUUCCAGCUCAGUGAAUUGCUUUUAAAUUUUGCCAUGAGGGUGUGCUUUAAUAGAUUGCUGGUACUGGAAAUGCCACCACCACACCAAUGGAAAUGUGAACUAAAAAUCUUAUAUUAGUGUAAAAUCACUGCAUUUUAUCUGCUUGGAACAAAUUUAUUUAUUGCUUUAUACGUCUGCGCAUUCUUUCGGGGAUUAUUUUGUGUGCCGCUCAGCCAUUCUUUGCACAGCUAAACUAAACCAUUGUGAAAGAGACGAUGGAAUAUACUGUAUUUUUGCAAUAUCUGGAUGCUUUAUCAUGUCAUCCUCUUGAGAAUAAUCUUUUACAACAAAAUGUAUUGUUUCAGUGAAAUUGAAAAUAAAAAGCUCUUUAAUUGUACAA